UGAUUCAUAUGUAAUUUGCAAAGCAUUCCACAUUUUGGGAACUCUUCACUCUCAUACUCUCUGUGUGCGUGUGCGUGUGUGUGUGUGUGUGUGUUCUAGAAGAAAAAGAAAGAAAUGUCAGGGUCUCAGUGCUGCGAGAACCCACCAGCAGCCCUGAGUGCAAGCUGCGGAGGAUCAGGGUCCCUUGUGGAACUUGCAGGCCUCAAGGUCUACGCUACUGGUUCACCAGACUCCAACUUUGCAAUCCUUCUAAUUUCAGACGUUUUUGAUUUUGGGAAUCAUCCUCAUCCUCGCAGUCACAACAACUAUUAUUUGGUGCUUGAAGGUUAUGAAGCACCGAACCUUAGGAAGCUUGCUGACAAGGUUGCAGCUGCUGGGUUCUAUGUGGUGGUUCCAGACUUUUUUUACGGAGAUCCCUAUAAACCAGAGAACACUGAGAAGCCUCUGCCAGUCUGGAUACAAUCUCAUGGAACAGAUAAAGGAUUUGAAGAUGCAAAACCAGUCAUUGCAGCUCUGAAAAAUAAAGGAAUCUCUGCGAUUGGAGCUGCAGGAUUUUGCUGGGGUGCCAAGGUGGUCGUGGAACUAUCAAAGUCUGAUUACCUUCAAGCUGCGGUACUGUUACACCCUUCCCUCGUCACUGUGGAUGAUAUUAAGGAACUGAAGGUUCCAAUUGCUAUAUUGGGAGCUGAGAUUGACAAAAUCUCUCCACCGGAGCUUCUCAAACAGUUUGAGGAAGUUUUAUCAUCUAAACGUGAGAUAAAUGGUUAUGUGAAGAUCUUUCCCGGUGUUGCACAUGGAUGGACAGUCAGGUACAAAGUCGAUGAUGAAAAGGCUGUCAAAUUUGCAGAAGAAGCCCAUCAAAAUAUGUUAGAUUGGUUUAUUGAGUAUGUCAAACAAAGAAAAGGAUCCUUAUAGUUGCCCGCUCAGGUAUCCAAUUAUCGUACUAUUAUUACUAGUAGUAAUAAUGAGUCUGGAAUGUGAGAACAAACUCAUGUAGGCUUCUAGUUUGAAAGAUGUUUUCCGUGUGCCUUUAAAGUCAGUGUGGUUGUAUCCUGAAUGCAAAUGAGAUAUACUCAUAUGUAUGUAGACUUAUUUCACUCAACAUAACGAAUAAUUCUAAGCUUGCCUUCUUUGCCA